AUGACUCAAUCAGCCGCAUUCAAGUUCUCCAACGUGCCGGGAUUCUUCCUUCAGGAUGAACCGGAAACCGACCCAAGUACAUUCGACUACGAUCAUGGAUACCGCAAAGAAACCGUGAGCUCAUUCUAUAUUCAGACAGAGUCGAAUUUCGGCCUCAUUCUCCAUGGAGACUCCCCACUACACACCCAAUGGCAGAAGUUUAUUCAAGCCGUCAAUGAAUUGAACAACCUAGGAGGGAAUUCAGUACAAUAUAAGGUGCUUUUCCUCGGACGACACGGCGAGGGUGUCCAUAAUGUCGCCGAAAGGAGAUAUGGCACUGAAGCAUGGGAUGCAUACUGGUCUCUACUCGACGGAGACGAGUUUGGCAACUGGGUUGAUGCCAGACUCACAGAUCUAGGCAAAUCCCAAGCCAAAACGGCGAACAAGACAUGGGAAAGGCAAUUUGCCAAUGGGGUCCCCGCACCGCAGUCAUACUAUGUCAGUCCGUUGCAUCGGACUUGCGAAACAGCCGAAAUCACAUUCAAGGGACUGGAUAUGCCACUCACAGAUCCAUUCCGACCUUUGAUUAAAGAGCUGCUUCGUGAAACGCUGGGUGAACACACCUGUGAUCGUCGGUCUAAGGCAUCUGAAAUCAAAGCCGAGUUCCCGGGGUAUCAGUUCGAGCCUGGGUUCUCUGAGGACGAUCCGCUCUGGGACGCGUAUAGCCGAGAGACGAAUGAGCAGCGCAAUGAGCGGCUCACGAAAUUCCUGGAUGAUAUCUUUGCCAACGAUGAGAAUCUUAUUCUUUCUCUCACGGCGCACUCGGGUGCUAUCACUAGUAUUCUAGAGGUUAUUGGUCACCGUGCGUUUCCUUUGCAGACCGGGGCAGUGAUUCCGGUUGUUGUGCAGGCGGAGCGCAUAUGA